GCUCUGAUUCCUGCGUCUGUUCCGCACCAGCCCCAGCGGAGACAGAGCGCAUUGCAUCACCAUCCGGCUCCUCGCAGGCAGCAUCCCUCGACAGGCAUCCUCUCUCUGCCUCUCUCGCUCUUCGUCAUUCCGGAGCAGAUGGUGGGACGAGCGUCGCAUCUGUCUCAGCUCUCCACUGAAACCUAAAGUAGUCAUCGGGGACGGGGGGUGGCGUCCGUCAUGAUCGCGGUUGUGUGCACGGGGAAUCUGUGAAUUGUGCCGCAGGUUUCCGGAGGAUCCAGUCUGUCUGCGCUCUCCGUUGCGCGAGGAAGAUGGCUGCCAUGAAGAUUCUCACUGGCGCGGGACUGUUCUUGGCGCUCUGCUCGCUGGCUUUACUUGCGAUGGCUAUUUGCACUGACCACUGGUAUGAGACGGACGCGCGGAGACACCGGGAACGCUGUAAAAAUUAUGCCAACAACAAGAGGAAAGACCCGGGUUUCAUCUACAUCUCCAAUCACAACCUGCCGCUCCGGAUGCCUCCGAAGGGUACAGUGGAGAGGAAAAACCCGGGGCCGAGUGACGGAGCUCUUCUGCGGGGGAAGCGGCAGGUUGUGGCCGCUGCCCCGGCCAUGGAGUCGCAGUGCAGUCGGCAGUUUAACUCCACCAUAUCGGGGCUGUGGAGGAAGUGCCUCCGGGAAGGCUUCGACUUGGAGACGGAGGAGUUCAUCUAUAAGGGGCUGAUCCAGCGGUGUACUUCAGUGAAGUAUCACUACACCUCCUCUAUCCUUCCACGCAACCUGCCCAUCAACAUCACCAAGACCAUACGCCAGGACGAGUGGCACGCACUCCACCUGAGGCGUAUGACUGCAGGGUUUGUUGGCAUGGCCAUCUCCAUCAUCCUGUUUGGCUGGGUCAUCGGCGUCCUCGGAUGCUGCCAACAGCACGACCUCAUGCAGUACGUUGCUGGACUGCUCUUCCUCAUGGGAGGUACCUGCUGUAUAAUAUCCCUGUGUACGUGCGUUGCGGGGAUAAACUUCGAGCUGUCGCGUUACCCCCGCUACCUGUACGGCCUCCCCGAGGACAUCAGCCACGGCUACGGCUGGUCCAUGUUCUGUGCGUGGGGGGGGCUGGGACUCACGCUACUGGCCGGUUUCCUCUGCACUCUGGCCCCCUCCGUCAGCUCGCCCACCCCCACACGCUCCACCUCACACAAACCACGCCACGAGAACGGGAGUGUGUGAUCACCCUGGACCUCAAACACACACACACAGAUAUACACACACACACACGCUCCACCUCACA